AUGCAUUUCCCUCGUCUGGCGCUUCUUGCGACUUUAUCAUCGCUGGCAGAAGCGAGUCUACAAAUUGUGCCGGGAGGUACAUGGACGACGUCAAACAAUGAGCACCUCCAAGCCCACGGCGGGGGCCUAAUCAAAGUAAACUCAACAUACUACCUAGUCGGCGAGGACAAAACCGGCGGCAGCGCCUUCCAAAACGUGAACUGCUACUCCUCAACCGACCUGGUGCAAUGGACAUACGAAGGCGCGCUCCUCUCACGUACAUCAUCUGGCGAUCUCGGCCCCAACCGAGUAGUCGAGCGUCCUAAAGUCCUCUUCAACGCCAAGACCAACAAAUACGUUCUGUAUAUGCACAUCGACUCCUCCAAUUACGGCGAAGCCAAAGUCGGCGUCGCGACGGGUGAUACCGUGUGUGGGAAAUACACGUAUAAAAACUCGUUCCAACCCUUGAGCCACCAGAGUCGGGAUAUGGGAUUAUUCGCGGAUGAUGAUGGGACGGGGUAUUUGUUAUCAGAGGACCGACAGAACGGAUUGCGCAUUAUGAAGUUAUCCGAUGAUUACUUAUCCGUGGCUUCGAGUACGUAUCUCUGGCCUGAUAGUAUCGAAGCACCCGCGCUAUUGAAAUUGAAUGGUCGGUACUAUAUGUUUGGCUCGAAAUUGACGGGUUGGGAUCCGAAUGAUAAUGUGUUUAGCACGUCUACAUCGCUAACUAGCGGGUGGAGCGCAUGGAAAACGUUUGCGGAUUCGGGGAGUAAGACGUAUACUUCGCAGACUAAUUAUGUACUCCCCGUCGGUUCUAACGCAGCUAUUUACCUCGGCGAUCGGUGGGUAAGCAAGAACCUCAUGGCGUCGACCUACGUCUGGCUUCCCCUCACCAUCAGCGGUACAACCGUAACCAUGGCGAACGCCGAAUCCUGGGUUCCUAACCUCGCCAGCACAUCAUCUUCCGCUUCUACCGCGAAGCCGGCCGAGACAGCGUACGAAGGCGAAGCCGCGACAUACGGCGGCAAGACGCGGGAUGUGAGCUGUGGGAGCUGCUCGGGUAGCACAGCUGCGGGUUACGUAGGCGGGCCAGACAAAGGAACCGUGACAUUUGGGGGUGUGCAUAGCGAUGCGGCUGCGCGGACCACAGUGCGCAUUCGGUAUGUAAACGGUGAUAGCUCGGCGCGAUAUGCAAAUGUGCGUGUCAAUGGUGGUGCUGCGCAGAAGAUUGCUUUCCUGCCUACUGGUAGCAGUGUGUCGAGUAGCACGUUACACGCGGAUCUUAAGGCUGGAAGCGAUAAUGAAAUUGCUAUUGAGGGUGUUGGUGAUGGAUGGGGACCAGAUGUCGAUCGGUUAAUAGUUCCUGUUCAGUAA